AUGCCGGCUGAUCAGACGGUGCUCAAGGCUUUUCAGCGCUUUGACAAAGAUGGGUCUGGAUCCAUCACGCGGGACGAGCUCAGUCAGGUGCUGCGGGGGCUGAAGAGCUCCGAGUGGGAUGAUGACUCCAUUGACCAGUUGCUGGCAGCUGCGGAUUCCAGUGGUGACGGGCAAUUGCAGGUGGAGGAGUUCGUGAAAUGGAUCUUUGCUGAAGAACAGACCAUCUCGGCUGGUGCCACGGGCAAAUUCAGGUUGCGGGUGUCGGGCUGCUCCAGACCAGAGCUUGACGGCGACUAUGUACAACAGAAGGAGUUCUACUACCGCAGGCCAAUAUUCCAUUGUCGUGAGAAUGAGCGCUAUUUGUUCUACCACGGCAAGAGGCAGCAGUGGCAGAUCUUUUCUAGAACCGGAACCUUCGCCUCUGCCCGCUUGAAAACCUUUCGGGCAGCUCACAUGCCUGGAGACGGAGCAAUGUGGGCUGUUUGGAAAUCCAAGAGGAGUGGAAAGAAGGCCUUUGUGAAAGAGUCGCAGAUGAAAUGCACUGCAGAACCGCCCUUGACACCAGAAGAAGAGCGAGCAAAGGCACCUCAGGCAAUCAUGCUUGACGGAAAAGACGUCUUCAAACAGAUGUCGUAUGUCCUGGGCAACCGAACGGUAUACCACCAAAGAUCCGAGCGUUUCCUUUUCUAUGAGGAGCCAAAGGGCAUGUGGAAGAUUGGAGAAUCCUGUGUCUUGGGAAAGCCCUCUUUAUAUACGUCAAGACCUACGGAUGUGUAUUCCCCAGACAUGGCUCUUUGGAUAGAUGAGGCUCAUGGUGGGAAGAUGGCGGUGGUGGGGUUGGACGGUGAUGACGUGCCCAAGGGAUUUAAAUUUGGCUUGAAGGUCAAAGCUGUCGAGGAUGGAUGGAAAGAUCCUGACUUCCCCCACAACAAUGACUCGAUCGGUGCAGCAGCCGCCAGCAAAUACAAAGAUUGUCGAUGGCUCAGAGCCUUGUCUCUUCAUCCUCAUCCGGCUCUCUUUGUGGAUGUAGAGCCCGCAGAUGCUUGCCAAGGGGCUGUUGGCAACUGUUGGCUCGUGUCAGCUUUGUCUGCCUUAGCCGAAUUCCCAGCUUACAUCAAGAACAAUAUCUUUGUCAACAAGAGUAUUUCCAAGAGUGGCAAGUACCAAGUCAAGCUGUUUGAUGGUCGCACGAAUCAAUGGCAAAUCAUCCAAAUCGAUGACUACUUACCAUGUACAACAGCGGGUGGGGACCAGCCAGACUUGUUGUUUGGGCAGAUGCCCGAUGGAAAGAUGUGCAUGGCGCUCCUUGAAAAGGCCUUUGCCAAACUGUAUGGCAAUUGGUCUGCCCUGGACGCUGGCUUUCCAGAGAUCGCCUGGUUUCACACGACCAGCUGCAAAGAAGUCUUCUAUUACAGCACUACAUACCUUGCAGCAGCUCCGAAGUGGGUCGUGGUUGCGGGUGAUGGCAUUCCUGUGGUCGCUGAUUACUGGGACUAUGACAAAUCCCGGCAGCGCGUAGGUCAGCUAGGUGAAGGUGCUCACUUCACCGAAACGUGGAGGAUUGGAGAAUGGAUUCAAUUCAAAAAGAUCGAUGGCGAUGGGCCGGAUGAGGGAUGGCUGAAAUACUAUAGCAAUGGCAAGCGAGCAGCAAAGCGCACUGCUGCCAACGACAUUUGCAUCAUGCAAUCCAACGUGGGCAUUGUUCCUGAGGAGGCAAUGAAAGCCUGUGGUGCUUCGGGAAGCGACAAAGACGUCCUUGAGACCAUCUUCAAAAAGCAUUCCACAAGUUUUGUGGAGCCAGAAGAGAUGUGGCAAAGGCUUUUGGACUACGACAAAGGCAACUACCUCAUGGCAUCGUCGGCCUCCACCUCUGCCAUGGAGACUUCAUCUGGCAUCGUCCAGGGCCAUGCCUACAGCUUUUUGCACGCACUCGAGAUUGAGGGCGUCAGGAUGGUUUGCUGCAGAAACCCCUGGGGCAAUGAAGUUGAAUGGAACGGACCUUGGAGUGAUCGUAACUCUGCCUGGAAGGCCAACCCAUCAGUUGCUGAAGCGCUGAACGUGGAUUUUCAAACUGAGGGCAGCUUUUGGAUGGAUUUUGAGGAUUGGCUCUAUGUUAUGGGACAAUUGAAAGUCAUGAAUUGUCAGAUGCCAGCAAAGCGUGGCGACUUUCACAACCAGAUUGUAGAAGAGGAUGAAGAUGAGCAAGAGGAAGGAUCCUCCUGCAGCAUUGAAAUUGCAGCGGACACCAUGAUCGGCGGUGUGGUUGGCACAUCCCCAUGCGAUCACUGGAAAGCGCUCCCAAAAUAUGACUUCACCACCAAGAAUCGCAGCAGCGCCUUCAAUGAGCGCAUGCAUGUGGAAUGGGAGAACCACGUGGAUCACAUCUUGCAGAACGGGGGACAGCUGCCUACUGCAUCUGUGGUUGCCAAAGCCGGCUUUCGCAGUUGCGCACCCUGCUGCCGUGACAUGCUGGCACUGGCAAAACCCACUGGAAAGACCUUCAUCAUGGUCGACCUGGCGGAGGACAGCAGUCGUGGCACCUUCCACUUUGUCACCGGCUCCAACUACCUGCCAGUGCCGAAAGAGGCAUGCACUGACAGCGAGGUGGAAAAGCUCAAGCGCAUCGUCCUUGAUGCACAGGCAGGAAGGUUUGAAAGCAGCCGCGAGAUCUAUGAAGCUGUCCUGGCAGCUGACGUACCCAUCGACACUACUGCCCAGGCUUUGUACGGCGGCGACAGCUUGCUGCCUUCGGACUGCGCUGAGAAACUUUGCGAUUUGGAGCUACUGCAGGCUGUGCACGCAGAGCAUUUCGCCCGCCUUGCGGCUGAGUACGGCGCCUCCAUCUUCCGAGAUCCUAACAGCACACCAGCUCAGCGAGAGGCAGUGCUGCGCUGUCGGCAGCUGGCGCGGCAGCAGCUUGUGAGCGCCUGGCGGCCUGUGCUGCAGGCUGUGAAGGUCGACCUGGACGCCUAUGCUGAUUUAGCUGUCGCGCCGCUACUGCCCGAGUCGCCGGAUCUUUAUCUUCACUUUAAGCGCUCGAAGACGCUGCCUCGAGCAGUUUCCCCGGCGGUUUCCUCGGCCGCGAAGCCCAAGCGCUGGCGCAAGGUGCCUGACAAAGCACCAGCCAAAGCGUCGUUUGGUGAGAAAGCGCUGGACGACGACCUGGUUUCGACAGUUGUGCCUGAGGAUUCGGAGGCUGGCCGCGGCCAGUGCUCCGGCAGCCAUGACGCGGUGCAAGUGCUGUUGCCGGCGCUGGCGUUGCCUGAUGCUUGGGAGUCAGUGCUGCGGGGGCUGAAGAGCUCCGAGUGGGAUGAUGACUCCAUUGACCAGUUGCUGGCAGCUGCGGAUUCCAGUGGUGACGGGCAAUUGCAGGUGGAGGAGUUCGUGAAAUGGAUCUUUGCUGAAGAACAGACCAUCUCGGCUGGUGCCACGGGCAAAUUCAGGUUGCGGGUGUCGGGCUGCUCCAGACCAGAGCUUGACGGCGACAAUGUACAACAGAAGGAGUUCUACUACCGCAGGCCAAUAUUCCAUUGUCGUGAGAAUGAGCGCUAUUUGUUCUACCACGGCAAGAGGCAGCAGUGGCAGAUCUUUUCUAGAACCGGAACCUUCGCCUCUGCCCGCUUGAAAACCUUUCGGGCAGCUCACAUGCCUGGAGACGGAGCAACGUGGGCUGUUUGGAAAUCCAAGAGGAGUGGAAAGAAGGCCUUUGUGAAAGAGUCGCAGAUGAAAUGCACUGCAGAACCGCCCUUGACACCAGAAGAAGAGCGAGCAAAGGCACCUCAGGCAAUCAUGCUUGACGGAAAAGACGUCUUCAAACAGAUGUCGUAUGUCCUGGGCAACCGAACGGUAUACCACCAAAGAUCCGAGCGUUUCCUUUUCUAUGAGGAGCCAAAGGGCAUGUGGAAGAUUGGAGAAUCCUGUGUCUUGGGAAAGCCCUCUUUAUAUACGUCAAGACCUACGGAUGUGUAUUCCCCAGACAUGGCUCUUUGGAUAGAUGAGGCUCAUGGUGGGAAGAUGGCGGUGGUGGGGUUGGACGGUGAUGACGUGCCCAAGGGAUUUAAAUUUGGCUUGAAGGUCAAAGCUGUCGAGGAUGGAUGGAAAGAUCCUGACUGCCCCCACAACAAUGAGCAGCAGCCGCCAGCAAAUACAAAGAUUGUCGAUGGCUCAGAGCCUUGUCUCUUCAUCCUCAUCCGGCUCUCUUUGUGGAUGUAG